CUUCGUAAAAUCAUAUCAUGAUAAAGUAAAUUACUUCAAGAAAACAUUUGACGGAACACCGGUAGAUACUGAUAGAUUUCUUGUUGAUUAUUCCUGCGCUUUGGUCAAGAAUAAAAAUGGACUGUUACUUCUCGGAAGGAUGUAUAUUACAGACAAAUGGAUUUGCUUUUAUUCGAAGAUUAUUUACGAACUUAAGGUAUAUGCUCUGACUGUUUCGAAAGCAAAAACUGCUCGGCUCAUUCCAAACGCCAUUCAGAUAACAUUAAAGUCAAACAAAGAACGCUACUUCUUUACAUCUUUUUCUUCUCGGGAAAGAACUUUUGCAUUCCUCAAGAAAGUUUGUGAAAACAGUAGAAAUGGAGGAGUGAAGUGGCUCCUACACUGUUACUUCUCUGACCUCCUCUUGACUAAAAAUAGUUACGUUUGCGAAUAG